AUGUUUUAUUUAAUCAUUUUUUAUACAAUAUUAAUUUUCAUAACAAAUAAUUUUGCACAAAUACCAAAUAAUAUUCGUAUAUUAGCAACCGAUAAAGAUUUUAUACGUUUAUCAUGGACAAAACCAACACGUUUAUCAUCAUCUGUAUAUGGUUAUACAAUAAAAUAUCGUCCAAUAAAUUCUAAUCAAUCAUGGACUGUUAGACAAACAAAUAAAACCGAAAUUUUUUUAAAUGAACUACAUCCAAUAACAAAAUAUGAAAUUAUUUUACAAGCUUAUUUAAAUUCAUCAUUUACAGAUUCAUCUGGACCAUCAACACGUAUUGAAGUAACAACAGAUGAAACAGGUAACUUCCUGUUCAAAUAA